ACAGGCAGCGACAUGAACAGUGUGGGCGAGGAAUGCACGGACAUGAAGCGGGAGUAUGACCAGUGCUUCAAUCGGUGGUUCGCCGAGAAGUUCCUGAAAGGGGAGGGCAGCGGAGACCCGUGCACCGAGCUCUUCCGGCGGUACCGCUCCUGUGUCCAGAAAGCUAUCAAGGACAAGGACAUCCCUGUUGAUGGAAUAGAGUUCAUGGGACCCAGCAAAGACAAGCCAGAAUCGAAUACGGAUUGUUGACCCAGUGUGGGCCCUGCACUUAUGGGGCCCCCAACGUUACAUUUUCUACAUACUAGUUUAAAUAGGAAAUCCUGUGUGCAGCCAGACUGGAACAAUUGUACUGAUAUCACAGCCACAAUGAGCUGUAUAGGUCCUCAUAAGAAUAUUUUUACAAGUUGGCUCAUUCAAAAUAUUGCAGUUACUCCUGUUUUAUACAUUUUGCGCUAUGUAAAUGUUACUUAUCAAUGCAUAAUAGAAAAGUCUUAAUCAGUAAUGUUGCAUUCCGCUUCAUAAAUUAGAUAAUAAUUAUUCAUGUGUAAUUUAUCAGUGUAUUGUGUAUAAAACUCCAAGUGCACUAAGCAGCAUGUUCAUAGUUUAUUCACACUACCUACAGCUCUGCAAACGACAGCCUGUACAGAGGAACAGACAACAGAGCUGUAUGGUAGUGUGUGCAAACAGGGUGCUGGAGGUAGUGGAAUCAAACAAAAUACCAUGUAUUAACAUGGCACACUUACAAGUUUAAAUCUCUUAAUCCAGCCCGGGAAGAGCCAUAGAUGGAACCCAGCCAAUAGCAUGCAGGCAGUGUAGUAGAGACUCUCUCUUCCAAUAUGUGUUGUUUUGGUCCUUCAAAGUAAUGGUAAGACUCUCCAUAACUUGGACAUCUGCAAUUCUUGUCUUCCAAUGCAAAAUUGUACGGGAGCACGUACUUUUCCACAGAACCAAUAUACAGGCCCUGGCCGCUGUAAGCAAAUGUCUCUAACGAGUUCUUCAAAUUUCUUGUUUGACAUUGGAGUAUCACUCAAUAGGUAAGCCGUUGGAUUCCUACCGAGUGAAACUUCGGUCAGCAUUUUAACAGUAGAUUCUACAUCAGUCCAAAAAAAACGAUUCAAUUUUGGGCAGUCCGAGAAAAUGUGUAGAAGGCAUUCCACAGUGCCAACAUGUAUUUUGGACCUGCGGGUACAUUCUAUGCAAUUUGGCUGGCGUUCUAUACCACUGUGUGAGGAGUUUAUAACCUCAUCCCUGUUAUCUACUAGCCAAGGAGGCUUUGUGAGAAAAAUAAGUAUGAUCUUGUCUUUCUGAGGCUGAGAAAAAGUAGUUUGGAGGUCUGUUUCCCAUUGUUGUAGAAAAAUUAAAUCCGACAGAGUGAAUGAGAGAGCUGAUCACCAUCUAUGCAAAUCUGCUCAAGUGGUGUGAGUUCACGUAGGGUUUGGUGAGCAGCCGGUAAUGACCCAAAGUGAGCAUUGAGUUGCGCACGUCGAAGAAGGUCAAGCUCAUCAUGAAAUCGGAUCUCGACUUCACGACUUGACAAAAGCCUAUCGUCCACUGAAAUUAAUGUGUCAGAAAAUAUUCUGCCUCUGGAGUAAUUGAAAUUUUUAGUCUGUUAGGCCCAGCGAAAACAUAUGAUUCUGAUAUCGGGGUGAGAGGGCUCGGUUCUGGAGAGAGAGAGAAGGCAUGGUCCUGAAAAGGUGUUUUGCUCUAAUCGUAGGGUGUAAAGUGACCAUUGUGGGGCAGCCUUGUAGAGGAGAUCAAGGUAUACCCGCCAGGGUUGAAUCGAUUGGUCGCUUGUUCUAGAUCAACCCACAGAUUGGGUUCCGAUCCCACACACCAUUCCAUUAUUCUGGUUAAAUGGGAGGCUUCAUAAUAUCUCACCGGGUCAGGGAAGCCUAUACCCCUCUUAUUUUAGGCAGUGUCAAGAUGGAUGUACAUUACCUGCCCAGACAAAAAGUGUAAACCUCCUCAACUCACUCAAGUAACUCCUUGAGAGUUUAAUGGAUAGCGUUUGAAAAAGAUAGAUUAAUCUAGGCAUUACGUUCAUCUUUAAAAUACUUGAGCAACCAAACCAAGUAGAAGUUUCCUUUUCCCAACGUAGGAGGUCUGAUUUGAGGGUUAGAAGAAGGGGCGAAAAAAAAUAUUUGAAAAUCCUACGGAGGUUCAGGCUCCUGUUUAAAAAAAAUAAAAUAAUGUACCGUACAUUUUUUUUUACUUGCUAUAUUAUGUGUGUUUAUUAUUUUUUAUGUAAAGGACUAUUGGAAUUGAUUGGAUUUUUUUCUGAAGUGCCCUAUUUCAACUUGGUCCUGUCAAGGACUGUGGCAGAAGACAAAAAAAAACCUGCUUGUUUAUUUAUUUAAAUAUAUGGGAUAUAUUGCAUACAUUAGUUUGGUACAAAGCUCCAAAAUAAACAUUUGUUGCCAUGAA